ACGUGUUAAUGAAGAAACAGAUAUACUGAUGACGCUUCCAAAAAUCUUAAUCAAGCGCGCUGGAGAAGCGGGAAUGGACGAAGAGACAACUGAAAUCCCAGAUUUGUACGGUACAGUGAGAUUGCUCAAAGAUCGUGAAAAAGCCAAGGAAUUUAAAGGGGAACUGAAAAUGACAGCAAGUCAGAUAGAAAGUGGCCCGUCACCUCCGACUGGGUUUAGAGUGGAUGUACAAGUCGGGCCAGCAUGGCAAACGAUGCAGCCACAUCACCAACAUACUUCAAUUGCUACGCCUCGGAUCUUGGAUCUUGACGUUAACAUGACCCGCCUAGCAGCACAAGAGAUUAUAUCUCAAGUUACAAGAGGACCAUGGAAUCAACUUUCCAAGAGUCUACCUGAACUUAAGACUUUUAGAGCAGGAAGAUUUAGUACGUUGAUGCAAAAAUCAAUCAGCCAGCCAACUCCUAAAGCCAUGCAUUCUAUACCAUGCAAGAGAUUUCUUACUCUGCCACCAAUUGCUUCAUUUUAUUCUCAGAGUAAUUUAACUACCACAAAAAGAGAAAAGUAAUGCAUGAAUCAAAUAUAUUUGGUAAACAAAAAUGGUUAUGAAUAUGAAUUCUGUAAAAUUAUGAUUAAACCUUUGAAGUUGAAAUAAA